AUGGCAGCUUGUGGUUUUGUUGAUAUGGGGUUUGUGGGUAGUAGGUUUACCUGGAGUAACAAAUAUACCAAGGAGAGGUUGGAUCAGAGCUUUCAAACCCUACAGUGGAGAAGCCUCUUCCCGUUUAGUAGAGUUAUCACUCUUAAUCCCUCGGAAUCAGACCACUGCCCUAUCUUAAUCGAGGUUCAUGCGGAGAAAGUGCAAUCUACAAGGGUUAACAGGCCCUUUCGUUUUGAAGAGAUUUGGCAUGGUAAUCAAACCUGUGCAGACAUCAUUCAGAAGGAGUGGGCUCUUCCUACGACAGGGAAUGUUUUGCGACAGAUUGGUUUCAAAUUCCAAGCUAUUGGUAAGAAGCUAAUGCAGUGGCAUAAGACUGAUUUUGAUAGGCAAAAGGCUGAAAUGAGAAUAAUUCAGGAGAAGCUGAAUGACAUUAUGAGACAACCUUUUUCUCCAGAACAAUAUGAGGAGCAGAGAACCUUGCAUGCCAAGUAUAGCCAAUUACUGUCUCAGCAAGAAAAGUAUUGGAGGCAAAGAUCCAGAGCCGUGUGGCUUAAGGAUGGAGACAGAAAUUCUGCUUUCUUCCAUCGUAGAGCCUGUAACAGGAAGAGCAGGAACUCCAUUAGGGGUUUAACUGAUGAGCAAGGACAAUGGCAAUCAGAGCCGGCUGAAAUCCAACGAUUAUUGUUGACCUACUUUAAGACAGUCUUCUCUUCUGAAGGAUGUGAUGCUAGGGCCGUACAAACUGUGCUCGAUGCUACACCAACAAAGUUAACUAGAAGCAUGAAUGAAUCUCUUGUGCAGCCCUAUACAGAUGAUGAAAUCAAAGCAGCUUUAUUUCAAAUGCAUCCCUCAAAGAGUCCGGGCCCGAAUGGUAUGUCCCCAUUCUUCUUUCAAAAAUAUUGGAAUGUGGUGAGCAUGGAUGUCUGUAAUGCCAUUAGAAAUUUUCUUGAGAAAGGAGAGCUAUGGCCAGAAUCAAAUUAUACUUUCUUGUGUUUGAUACCAAAAACCAAAUCUCCUAAAGUAGCUGCACACUUCAGGCCAAUUGCCCUAUGCAAUGUGAUUUGUAGAAUUGCUUCUAAAGUAGUGGCAAAUCGGUUAAAAUGUAUUCUGCCUGAGAUCAUCUCACCACUUCAGAGUGCGUAUGUGCUAGGGAGGUUAAUCUCUGAUAACACCUUAGUAGCUACUGAGGAAGCGCACUUCAUGCAUCAACUGAGAAGCCAAGAAACAGGUUUUUUCUCCUUGAAACUUGACAUUAGCAAAGUAAGGCUGUCAGCCUUAAUCUCAGAUGCAGUUCAUCACAAUGCUAUUGCUGGACUUAAAAUGUGCCCCCAAGCUCCCACUCUUCAUCACCUAUUUUUUGCGGAUGAUAGCUUUCUGUUUGGGACUGCAAUAGACGGUGAAUGCUACAAAUUUAAAGAUAUACUUGAUACCUAUGAACGUGCCUCAGGUCAACAGGUGAAUUAUCAGAAGAGCAGUAUGGCAUUUAGCAGGAAUGUGGAUAUGGACACACAAAACAAGUUUGCUUCUAUUCUGGCAGUUAAAAGAGUGGAUGAGCAUGACAGAUACUUAGGUCUACCUCUGAGAGUUGGUAGAUCAAAGACUGCGAUUUUUGAGUACAUUAAAGAGAAAUUAACAAAGAAGCUUAUUAAUUGGAAAGCAAAGAUUCUGAGUUGUGCCGGCAAGGAAAUCUUGAUAAAAGCAGUGGCACAAACAAUGCCAUUGUAUGCCAUGAAUUGUUAUCUUUUACCACGGGGGUUAUGUGAUGAUAUUCAUAAGUUGUGUGCGUCUUUCUUUUGGGGGGACACCAAUGAGAAGAAAAAGAUCCAUUGGAGGAGUUGGGACAAGCUGUGUCUGACAAAGAAAGAAGGAGGUAUGGGAUUCAAGAACUUGUAUGCUUAUAACCUUGCAAUGUUGGCAAAGCAAGGCUGGAGACUGGUCACAAACCCUACAUCACUUAUAGCAAGAUUGUUCAAAGCUAGGUACUUUCCCAAUUGUUCUUUUUGGGAGGCUGAUUUGGGAGACUCACCAUCCUUUUCAUGGAGAAGUAUUCUCAGUGGCAGGCCAGUUCUAAAAGCUGGUAUUCAGUGGAAAAUUGGUGAUGGUCAUUCCGUAAGUAUUUGGCAUGACAGGUGGAUCCUGGUGCAUCAUCCAGUCCAUCUACAACCACCAGCCACUCCAGAGUUCCAUUUAGUUGCUGAUCUUAUUAAUCAGGAGACAAGAGAAUGGAUUCCAACCUCGGUGUAUGCUUUAUUUUCUAGUGAAAUAGCUGAGAAGAUCUUAUGUAUCCCACUUGGACGACGCCAAUGCUCUGACAAACUAAUAUGGAGUCCAGAGAAAAAAGGUUUUUAUUCUGUGAAGUCAGCCUACUGGAUAGCUUGGGAACAAGUCUUACAGAAUGUUCUCACUUCUACUUCUAAUGGAGAUCCGUUUAAAGAGCUUUGGCAGCAACUUUGGAAGGCCAAAAUUCCGGGAAAGGUGAUUAUUUGUAACUGGAGGGCUUGUAACAAUCUCUUGCCCACACGGGAGAGGUUACUAGCUAAAGGAUAUAUUGGAACCACAGAAUGCUUGCUAUGUCAGAAUCGCAUUGAAGACAACUAUCAUCUCUUUUAUUUCCAAAAAUCUCGUAGCAGGAAUCCACCAACAAACAGGUCCGUGAGGGCCAAAUGGAAACCACCGACGUCGGGUUUCAAGUUGAAUGUUGAUGCAGCCUUCCUUCCCAACCAAACCAAUGGUGGCAUUGGAGGAGUAUUAAGAGACUCGACAGGUCAGUUUAGAGCUACAUUCUUUCAACCUGUAAUGUUUGCAGCAUCACCAAAGCAGUGUGAACUCCUAGCCAUUCGAGCGGGUUUGGAUCUAUUAUCCUCAUGUGGUAUACACAACGUCAGUGUUGAAAGUGAUUGCAUGGAGGCUGUCUCUGAAGCAAACUGUAGGAAUUAUGAUCUGUUAGCUAAUGGAGGCAUAGUGGAUGACAUUCAUGAAGUAUGGAGUAGGUUGCAGGGAGUGACCAUAAGUCAUACUCCGAGAACGUGUAAUGUUGUGGCACACCGCCUGGCAGCUUUAGGUUUUGAGAAUCCUAUUGGAGCCGUCUGGUUUGACCAAGCUCCUUCUUAUAUUAGUGAUGUACUACAGCACGACUGUGCUCAACUCGUUUGA